AUGGGGGAGGAGGAGCUCUCAGGGAUGGCCAGCCUCCUGUCUGGGGAUCCUUCUCCCUCCCCUGCUGAGUCUGCAGAAGACCAAGGCCUGGUCCAAGCAGGGAGCAUGGAGACAGACAUGAUGGUCCCUGGGAGCUGCAGACCCCCACCCCAGGAGUUGGUGACAUUCCAGGAUGUGACCGUAGACUUCACCCCAGAGGAGUGGGGCCUCUUAGACCAUCCUCAGAAGGACUUGUACAAAGAGGUCAUGCUGGAGAAUGCUCAGAACUUCCUCUUCGUGGAAGAAGAGACUGGACCUGAAAUGAGAGAGACUACUGCAAAGCUAAGGAUUUCUGUGAAAGAAACUCACAAAGAGAGCUAUAUGUGUGAUGGUCCCUGUAACUUCACUGGGAGAAAAAUCAGUGUUGUGUUUCACAGAAUCCACACAGGAAAGAAACCUUAUAAUUGUCAUCAUUGUGGGAAAGACAUGAGUCACCAGUCAUCCCUGAUUUGCCAUCAAAAAAUUCAUACUGGAGAGAAACCACAUGAGUGUCAUGAAUGUGCUGAACCUUUUAGUGAACACUCAUCCUUCAUUAUUCAUCAGAAAAUCCACAAUGGGGAGAAACCAUAUGAAUGCAAUCAAUGUGGAAAGACUUUUACAAAAAACUCUAAUCUUACUGUACAUAAGAGAAUCCACACUGGGGAGAAACCUUAUGAAUGUAAUCAAUGUGGAAAGUCUUUCACAGUGAACUCCAAUCUUGCUGCACAUCAGAAAAUUCACAGUGGGGAGAAACCAUAUGAAUGUAAUCAAUGUGGAAAAGCUUUCAUGAAAAACUCUAAUCUCACUGUACAUAAGAGAAUCCACACUGGGGAGAAACCUUAUGAAUGUAAUCAAUGUGGAAAGUCUUUCACAGUGAACUCCAAACUUGCUGCACAUCAGAGAAUCCACACUGGGGAGAAACCUUUUGAAUGUAAUCAAUGUGGAAGGGCUUUCAAUUUAAGGAAUAGUCUUGUUGUACAUCAGAGCAUCCAUGCCAGAGAGAAACCAUAUGAAUGUAAUCAAUGUGGAAAGGCUUUUAAAAAAAACUCUAAUCUUACUGUACAUAAGAGAAUCCACACUGGAGAGAAACCUUAUGAGUGUAAACACUGUGGAAAUGCUUUCAAUUUAAGGUAUAAUCUUACUGUACAUCAGAGAAUCCACGCUGGAGAGAAACCUUUUGAAUGUAAUCAAUGUGGAAAGGCUUUCACACAGAGCUCCAGUCUUGCUACACAUCAGAAAAUCCAUGCUGGAGAGAAACCUUAUGAAUGUAAUCGAUGUGGAAAGGCUUUCACACAGAGCUCCAGUCUUGCUGCACACCAGAGAGUCCACACUGGAGAGAAACCUUAUGAGUGUAAUCAUUGUGGAAAGGCUUUCAGUUUAAGGUGUAGUCUUACUGUACAUCAGAGAAUCCACGCUGGAGAGAAACCUUUUGAAUGUAAUCAAUGUGGAAAGGCUUUCACACAGAGCUCCAGUCUUGCUGCACAUCAGAAAAUCCACACUGGGGAGAAACCUUAUGAAUGUAAUCAAUGUGGAAAGGCUUUCACAAAAAACUCUAGUCUUACUGUACAUCAGAAAAUCCACACUGGAGAGAAACCUAAUGUGAUAAAAACUUUUAUGUAGACUGUCACUUUGCUAUACAAAUGUGAUGCAAGCAAAGACCAAGAGAUAUAAUUUCUGGACUCAAUUAAUUAUUGCAAGUGAAUAAUUAACAGAAGAAUGGUUGUUUAGCUAUCUCCUGUCAACCAAAGAGGAAUCAUGGAGGCCUGUAAACACUUACAUGCCCUUAGAUAAGUGGGUAUAACCAACAGGCGUAAAACAAUUCUAAUUGGUUAAAACCUAGUAAGAAUGUGUAUUAUAAUAGGUGGUAGAGAUAUUCUACUGAGUGGCUGGGGGAUAUGACUCAUGACUCCAUCUUGGACAGAGAGACUUAUCUCUAUCCAGAUCUGUUUGACUAAAGCACAAUGGUCCUGAAUUCACCUAGACUAAAGUCUCUUUACCUUUUGGUCAGGUCUAAACUUUCCCAGUUGGCUAAGUCUUGUCCAAGAUUUCAUCUCAUUGUUAUCCCUGCCUUUCAGAGGUUGACUGAAUCACCUACAGGGGCUGAUUUCUGAACAAGGAAGGGGAAAGAUGGCAAAUGCUUAAUCCUAAUUCAAUAAUUGGUUAUUAAUAUGAGAGAACCCAUUCUAGAGGAUAUAUCUCAUUAACAUAAUCAAUAAGAAAAGUGUUCAGGCUGAAGUCAUUCCUUAUUUCCCAUCAGAAUUCACAUGUGGUAGAAAUCCUAUUCCUGUAAUGAAUGUAGAAAGACAUUCAGAUGGACUAUAGAACUUGUUAGACAACAGAAAUUUUGCCUUAUGGACAAGCCCUAUGUGGACUCAGUUGGGAAGGUCUGCAGCCAGAGAUCAUCUCUUCCUUUACAUGAAGGAUUCAUAGUAGAGAGAACACUUAUGAAUGUGCUCAAUGUGAACCUGCCUUUUCCUGGAAGAGGCAAGUCACUAGAUACCACAAUAGUCACACUGGAAGGAAGCCUGAUAAAAGCAGUAAUUGUCAGAAGGACUUCACCUGGAGCUCAUAAAUUUGUGUACAUUAUGUACCAUAAUGUGUACAUUGGAGUAAUCUUCCUGGAGAUAAAACUUAUGGAUCUAAUUAAUGAGGGAUGGCCUCGCCCUGCAGCACACACCUCACUAGACAUCACAUAUUUUAUAUAGUGCAUGAAGCCCUAAAAAUGGACUGAAUUUUUCUCUGAAAUCCCAAGGUCUCUCAUGACUCUCCUGAAAUAUUCCAUGGCCCCCUAGGGUGAAGCCUGCCACUGGCUUGCUCACUUAACUGCACUCUCCUCCCACUAUAGUAAGACACCUUUCCUGCUCACACUCCAAGUUCUCCUAGGCUGGUAAUCUGCUUCACUGCUCCAAAAUUGGUUCUGAGCCAUUAUUGUAAGGUUGUUUGGAAGGGAAUUUGGAAGAGCCCACCUUCCCAUCUUGGCUCCAGAAGUCCCCAUGCCCAUUUUUGCAGGAAAUAUUCCCUUGAGAGCUCAAAUUUUCUUGAAAAGAACUC